AUGAAGUUGGGUGUUCGAGUAUGGAUUAGAGAUCCUCAAACUGUAUGGGCUGGUGCUGAACUUCUUGAGGAUGUAACUUUUUCAACUAAAUUUAUUCGUUUACGGCUGGAAAAUGGCGAGGAAAUCAAAAUUGAUGUUAAAGGACAAGAAUCUUUACCAUUUUUACGUAAUCCAGAUAUUUUACUUGGUAAAGAUGACCUAACAACAUUAAGCUACCUGCAUGAACCGGCCGUUCUUAACCAUCUCAAUUUUCGUUUUUCUAAGCGUGAAUCUAUAUAUACCUACUGCGGUAUUGUUUUAGUUGCAAUAAAUCCGUAUACCAAUUGCUCUCAUUUAUACAGUAAUGAGGUUAUUCAGGUGUAUAGUGGUGCUGGAAAACAAGUUCGUGAACUGGAUCCCCAUAUUUAUGCGGUUGCGGAAGAAGCAUUUUCUGAUCUUUCUGAAUUUGGCCAAAAUCAAUCUAUUAUUGUCAGCGGAGAAUCUGGAGCUGGUAAAACUGUGUCUGCGAAAUUUGUGAUGCGUUAUUUGGCAUCUGUGGCCCCUUCAUCUAAAAAGUCGAAAAGCGAUUUUUCUCAUGAAGAUGGUGGCAUAGAAAACCGUGUUUUGGCAUCAAAUCCUAUCAUGGAAGCUAUCGGAAAUGCAAAAACAAUUCGGAACGAUAAUUCUUCCAGAUUUGGGAAGUUUAUUCAAAUAAACUUUACUGAUAGAUUUGGAAUUGCUGGAGCGCAAAUGAAAACUUAUCUUUUAGAGAAGAGUAGAGUCGUUUUUCAAGCUUAUAAUGAAAGAAAUUAUCACAUUUUUUAUCAGAUGUGUGCAUCUUCACAGCACGAGUUACUAAAGGAUCUCAAACUAGGUGAUUGCAAAUGUUAUUUUUAUACUUCUCAAGGAGAAAAUUGUUAUAUAGAAGGAGUGAAUGAUGGCGAGGAAUUUCUGAAAACCGUUGCUGCUUUCAAUCUUCUUGGAAUAACUCCUGAUAUACAAAAAUCAAUAUUUAGAGUUUUUGCUGGUAUACUUCUACUGGGCAAUAUAACGUUUGUUUCUCAAGAGGACGCCACUUCUAUUGAUGGAUCUCAUAAAAGCGAUUUAGCUAAACUGUGUAAAAUUGUUUAUAAUAUUGAUGAAGCAGAACUACGACUUUGGUUGACUGUGCGUGAAAUAUGUGCUGGUGGUGAAGUGAUGCGGAAACCAUUGGACAGCCUUCAAGCUACUGCAAGUAGAAAUGCUUUGUCAAAAUUGAUUUACGAAAAGACAUUUUUGUGGAUUGUUGACAUAGUAAACAAGUCAUUGACAGGCAAAAAUCUGAAUUCCUCUGCGUCAGCGACGCAACAGUUUAUUGGUGUUCUCGACAUUUACGGGUUUGAAACUUUUGACGUCAACAGUUUUGAGCAGUUCUGCAUCAAUUAUGCUAACGAGAAGCUUCAACAACAGUUCAACCAACACGUUUUUAAACUUGAGCAAUCGGAAUACGAAAGAGAGGAAAUUGAUUGGGUAAGGAUAGAUUUUUAUGAUAAUCAACCCUGUAUUGACUUGAUUGAAAGCCGACCAGGAAUUAUUGACUCAUUGGAUGAACAGUGCAAGAUGGGAAGGGGAACUGACCGUGACUGGCUUGAGAAGUUAAGCAGUUGCCCUCAAAUAAAGAAUCAACAGCACUUUAUGUUGCCAAGAAUAAAGAAUCCUUCUUUUAUUAUAAAACAUUUCGCCGCUGAUGUUACUUAUCUGGUUGAUGGAUUUCUGGAGAAAAAUCGGGAUUCAGUGAGCGAGCAGCUUGUAAAUGUUAUCAGAAAAACAAAGUUCAAUUUUCUUCAUCACGUAAUGGGGGGAAAUAAAAGGACGGAACCGAAUCGUAAUGUCACUGGCUUACUUCCACCUGGGUCACAAAAAUCUAAGAAAAAGUGUGUCUCUUUUCAAUUUCGAGAUUCACUGCGUGAUUUGAUGAGUGUACUUGGUUCUACUCGUCCACAUUAUGUACGUUGUAUAAAGCCCAACGACGAAAAGCUGCCUUUCACUUUCAACCCCAAAAGAGCAAUUCAGCAACUCCGGGCCUGUGGUGUAUUAGAAACAGUUCGUAUCUCCGCAGCUGGGUAUCCAUCAAGAUGGAUAUACGAUGACUUUUCUCGCAGAUAUCGUGUGCUUUAUACCGAAGGAAAAGCAUUGUGGAAAACAAAUCCAAAGACGUUUACAGAAAAAGUUUGCACGAAACAUUUACAGGCAGGCGUAUUUGCCUUGGGAAAAACAAAAGUGUUCUUUCGUACAGGUCAGGUUGCUUUACUAGAAAGACAUCGUAAUGAUAUUUUGAGUAAAUCAGUUGUGAUGAUACAGAAGAUUUGGCGUGGUUUUGUAUGUCGUAGACGUUACCAGCAUAUGCUGCGUUCAAUUAGUAUCAUCCAGGCUGCUACGCGAGCAUUCUUGGUAUAUAGAAGGAUGAAGUAUCUGCAAAUGUAUCGUGCCGCAGUGUGUAUUCAGACUGCUUUUCGAGGCUACAUUAUGCGGAGACGUUAUCGCUGUAUGAAAGCUGCAGUGAUAAUGAUACAAACUCACUUCCGCGGUUUUUUGGUGCGUAAGAAAGUGGAAAAGUUACGAUACGAACAAAAAGCCAUUGUUAUUCAAAAGUAUUGGCGUGGCUGGCUUGUUAGGAGGCAUCAAAUCGAAAGAGUGAGAAAAAUUGUUAUAGUGCAAUGUUUGGUUAGAAGAUGGCUUGCAAAAAGGCGCUUGAAGGAAUUGAAGAUAGAAGCACGCUCUGUUGGACACUUACAAAAGCUUAACAAAGGUCUCGAAAACAAGAUUAUUUCGUUGCAACAGCGGUUGGAUAUUAUGGCAAUCGAGAACCAGAAGUUGACAGAAGUUGCAAAGAAGUUUGAAGAAAUACAAGAAAAGCUGGAAAUAUUAGAAUCUGAGCGGCCUACGUUGAUUGCUGCUGCAGAUCUCGUUGAACAGCUUGAAGAACAAUUGAAAGAUUUAAAAAUUGAAAAUAAUGAGAAAGAUGCUAAAAACAGUGAGCUGGAAACAGAAGUGAAUCAGUUAUUAUACCAACUUAAACAGAAAAAACAAGAAGCUGAAGGGAAAAUUACCUCAUUAACUGAGGAACUUUCUAAACUUAAGGUUUCUCACGAAAAACACUUGAAAGAAAAGAAGUUACUGCAGGAGGAGCUUGGAAAAGAAACUGAUCUAAGGACGAGUAUGGAAAGUGAGCUUGCUCUAAUGCGUGAACAGUUGCUCGCGAAUGCGAAUCUUUUAGCCAGCCCUUCACUUAGUAGAGUUGGCAGUAUGCGAGCGAGCACAAAGAGGACUGAAAAACCAAGUUCUCAAGUGUCUCUUGAUGGGAUUAUAAAUAACUCUAUCAGUGAAUUUGGUGAUUUUGAACAAUCCGCUCUUAUUUUAAAGCAGCAAAACAUGCUUAAUGAAAUUCGUAUGAGAUAUGAACAAUACCAACGGGAAAAUGAAAGGCUUAAGGCUAUUAUGGAUGCUAACGCAAUGAUUGAAGGUCUUGAUAAAAGGUCGUCGACGCGUAUUUUUGAAGCUCAGCGCGUGCAAGAACUGGAACUUGCUUAUUCUAAAUUAAAAGCAGAGGUGGAUCGAAUUUUGGAAGAGAAAGUAGAGGGUGGGGACGAGACCACAAAUUUUCGUUCACUAUUCGAAAAAAUUAUGGAAGAAAACGACAGACGUCGAGAGGAAAGCGUUAUACUACGUGCUCUUUUGGCGUCAAAAUUCGACCGGCAAACGCUGAACUCUGCGUCGCCUCAUCCAGACAGUGGACACUGGUCAACAACACAUAGUGAAGAGGAGACAUCAAUCAGUGACGUUGAUGAGGAAGUUUGCCUGGAGAGACAAUGUAGGCAGAUGAAAUCACAGAUUGAGACAUUAACCAAAGCGAUUACAGAGAAGAAUAAAGAAAUAGAUAGAUUGGAAAAUCGGUUGAAUGAUGGUUUUCUUGACAAGGUAAAUCAAAAUCCAAUUUUUGUUUUGAAAAGAAAGCUGAUCUAUUUAAGAGCACUUGGUUUUAAACCAAAAAUUUUUGUUUAA